CCGGGAUGAGAUCCUGGCCCAGUGGUGAGCGGGAGGCAGCAGUGGCGGUGGGAUGACAUUACAUCAAUCGCAUUCAUCUUCUUGAGUAAGUAACGUGGACCAGGAAGAAGAAUGGCGUUCGUGCCGCCGCCAGGGCCCACUGUGGUCGAUCAGACUACACUGAUGAAGAAAUACCUCCAGUUUGUGGCUGCCCUUACAGAUGUCAACACACCUGACGAAACUAAGUUGAAGAUGAUGCAAGAAGUCAGUGAAAAUUUUGAGAAUGUUACCACCUCAGCCCAGUAUUCCACUUUCCUGGAACACAUCAUCCCACGCUUUUUAACGUUCCUUCAGGAUGGGGAGGUUCAGUUUCUUCAAGAGAAACCUGCGCAGCAAUUGCGUAAAUUGGUCUUAGAAAUAAUCCACAGGAUCCCCACCAACGAACACCUACGUCCUCAUACAAAGAACAUCCUCUCUGUAAUGUUCCGCUUCCUUGAGACAGAGAAUGAAGAGAAUGUUUUGAUCUGCUUGAGAAUCAUCAUUGAGCUACACAAACAGUUCAGACCUCCCAUAACACAAGAGAUUCAUCAUUUUCUGGACUUUGUGAGGCAGAUUUACAAGGAGCUUCCUAAAGUGGUAAAUCGUUACUUUGAGAACCCUCCAGUGAUUCCGGAUAACACUGUUCCUUCUCCAGAAAUGGUUGGCAUGAUCUCCACCAUAGUCGUGAAAGUAAAUCCAGAACGGGACGACAGUGAAACUAGAACUCACACGAUCAUCCCAAAAGGCUCCCUAUCACUUAAAGUGCUGGCAGAACUUCCAAUUAUUGUUGUUCUCAUGUAUCAGCUCUACAAAUUAAAUAUCCACGGAGUAGUGUCAGAAUUUGUACCUUUGAUCAUGAGCACAAUUGUGACCCAAGUUUCUGCCAAUGCCAGGCAGCACAAGCUUUACAACAAAGAACUAUAUGCUGAUUUUAUUGCGGCUCAGAUUAAAACCUUAUCGUUUCUGGCUUACAUUAUCCGAAUUUACCAGGAGACGGUCUCAAAACAUUCCCAGCAGAUGGUGAAAGGAAUGUUACAGCUACUGACUAACUGCCCACCAGAAACUGCUCAUCUACGCAAGGAGCUUCUUAUUGCUGCCAAGCACAUACUGAGCACAGAUUUACGGAGCCAAUUCAUUCCAUGCAUGGAUAAGCUUUUUGAUGAAUCUAUUCUGAUUGGUUCUGGAUACACCGCUCGGGAAACACUAAGGCCGCUAGCAUACAGCACGUUAGCCGAUCUUGUGCACCACGUACGGCAACAUCUGCCGUUGAAUGAUCUGUCCCUUGCUGUCCAGUUGUUUGCCAAGAACAUAGAUGAUGAAUCUAUACCCAGCAGUAUCCAAACAAUGUCCUGCAAGCUUCUGCUUAACUUGGUGGACUGUAUCCGGUCAAAAAGUGAACAGGAGAAUGGGAAUGGCCGUGACAUCCUGAUGAGAAUGCUGGAGGUGUUUGUUUUAAAAUUCCACACCAUCGCUCGGUAUCAGCUGUCCGCCAUCUUCAAAAAGUGCAAACCCCAGUCUGAGUUAUGUGCAGCUGAUGCUAUUUUACCUGGUGUCCAGGCUGCCACACCUGUCAAUGCCCAGCCCGCUGCCCCCACCACGCCCCUAACACAGGUUCCCCUGUUAGCGUUUGACAAGCAAGGAGAAAAGGAAAAAGAGGACAAGCAGACAUUUCAGGUUACCGACUGUCGGAGUUUGGUCAAAACGUUGGUCUGCGGCGUGAAGACAAUCACAUGGGGCAUCACAUCAUGUAAAGCACCCGGAGAAACUCAGUUUGUUCCCAACAAGCAACUGCAACCUAAAGAGACCCAGAUUUACAUCAAAUUGGUGAAAUAUGCAAUGCAAGCACUGGAUAUUUAUCAGGUACAAAUCGCUGGCAAUGGGCAAACCUACAUUCGAGUAGCCAACUGCCAGACUGUGAGAAUGAAGGAAGAAAAGGAAGUGCUGGAGCACUUUGCUGGUGUUUUUACAAUGAUGAAUCCAUUAACGUUCAAGGAAAUCUUUCAAACUACUGUUCCCUACAUGGUUGAAAGAAUAUCCAAAAACUACGCACUGCAGAUUGUAGCCAAUUCCUUCCUGGCAAACCCCACUACGUCAGCUCUCUUUGCUACUAUCCUGGUGGAAUAUUUACUGGAAAGGCUUCCGGAGAUGGGUUCCAAUGUGGAGCUGUCCAACUUAUACCUCAAGCUGUUUAAGCUGGUGUUUGGCUCUGUUUCUCUCUUUGCAGCUGAUAAUGAACAAAUGCUCAAGCCACAUCUGCACAAGAUAGUGAACAGUUCUAUGGAGCUGGCACAGACUGCUAAGGAGCCUUACAACUACUUCCUGCUGCUGAGGGCACUUUUUAGGUCUAUUGGUGGAGGCAGCCAUGACCUCUUGUAUCAAGAGUUCCUGCCACUGCUACCAAAUCUUCUGCAAGGUCUGAAUAUGUUGCAGAGUGGACUUCAUAAGCAGCACAUGAAGGAUCUUUUUGUAGAGCUGUGUCUCACUGUGCCAGUUCGCCUGAGCUCUUUGUUACCGUACCUCCCCAUGUUGAUGGAUCCAUUAGUGUCGGCUCUUAAUGGCUCUCAGACCCUAGUGAGUCAGGGCCUUAGGACAUUGGAGCUGUGUGUGGACAACCUGCAGCCGGACUUCCUGUACGAUCACAUUCAACCAGUCCGUGCUGAGCUCAUGCAAGCUUUGUGGAGAACACUGCGCAAUCCUGCAGACAGCAUCUCCCAUGUAGCGUACAGAGUCCUGGGGAAAUUUGGUGGAAGCAACAGGAAGAUGCUGAAGGAAUCUCAAAAGCUGCAGUACAUAGUGACAGAGAUACAGGGUCCGAGCAUAACUGUAGAGUUUGCAGACUGCAAAGCGUCCAUACAGCUACCUAUGGAAAAGGCCAUUGAGACAGCUCUGGAUUGUUUGAAGAGUGCGAACACGGAGCCGUACUAUCGGAGACAGGCCUGGGAAGUGAUUAAAUGCUUCUUGGUGGCAAUGAUGAGCCUGGAUGAUAAUAAACAUGCCUUGUAUCAGCUUCUGGCACAUCCCAAUUUCACAGAGAAGUCAAUACCCAGCGUCAUUAUUUCACAUCGAUACAAAGCCCAGGACACUCCAGCCCGUAAAACAUUUGAACAAGCCUUGACUGGCGCAUUUAUGUCUGCUGUGAUCAAGGACCUAAGACCUAGCGCUCUCCCAUUUGUAGCCAGCCUUAUCCGUCAUUACACAAUGGUAGCAGUAGCGCAGCAGUGUGGGCCGUUCCUGCUGCAGUGUUACCAGGUUGGAAGCCAGCCAAGCACCACCAUGUUUCACAGUGAAGAGAACGGAUCAAAGGGGAUGGAUCCCUUGGUGCUCAUUGAUGCUAUUGCAAUUUGCAUGGCGUAUGAAGAGAAGGAGCUGUGCAAGAUAGGGGAAGUGGCUUUGGCCGUUAUAUUUGAUGUUGCCAGUAUCAUCCUGGGAUCCAAAGAACGGGCAUGUCAGCUCCCCUUGUUUUCCUAUAUUGUGGAGAGGUUAUGUGCGUGCUGUUAUGAGCAGGCCUGGUACGCUAAGCUAGGCGGCGUGGUCUCUAUUAAAUUCCUGAUGGAACGCCUACCUCUGAUUUGGGUUCUUCAGAAUCAACAAACCUUCCUAAAAGCGCUUCUUUUUGUCAUGAUGGAUCUAACUGGAGAGGUGUCCAAUGGAGCUGUUGCGAUGGCAAAAACAACUUUGGAGCAGCUUUUAAUCCGAUGUGCAACUCCUCUGAAAGAUGAGGAGAAAACCGAAGAUAUCCUCUCUGCACAGGAGAAAUCAUUCCAUCAUGUUACCCAUGACCUGGUCCGUGAAGUGACUUCUCCCAACUCCACAGUUCGAAAGCAAGCCAUGCACUCACUGCAGGUGCUGGCUCAAGUGACAGGAAAAGGUGUCACCGUCAUCAUGGAGCCACAUAAAGAAGUCUUGCAAGACAUGGUCCCACCUAAGAAACAUUUAUUGCGGCACCAGCCAGCCAAUGCUCAAAUAGGUCUGAUGGAAGGAAAUACGUUCUGCACAACUCUGCAGCCCAGAUUGUUUACCAUGGAUCUAAAUGUUGUAGAGCACAAAGUUUUCUAUUCAGAGCUUUUAAACUUGUGUGAAGCAGAAGAUGCAACAUUAAUGAAGCUUCCGUGCUAUAAAAGUCUUUCUUCCCUAGUACCUCUGAGAAUUGCAGCUCUAAAUGCAUUAGCAGCUUGCAACUAUUUGCCGCAAUCAAGAGAAAAAAUUAUUGCUGCUCUGUUCAAAGCGCUGAACUCGACAAACAAUGAGCUGCAAGAGGCAGGGGAAGCCUGCAUGAGGAAGUUUUUGGAAGGUGCUACCAUUGAAGUUGAUCAAAUUCACACUCACAUGAGGCCACUUCUGAUGAUGUUGGGAGAUUAUCGCAGCCUUACCCUUAAUGUUGUUAAUCGCUUGACGUCUGUUACACGGCUUUUCCCAAAUUCCUUUAAUGACAAAUUCUGUGAUCAGAUGAUGCAACACUUGCGCAAGUGGAUGGAGGUUGUGGUGAUCACUCACAAAGGAGGACAGCGUAGUGAAGGGAAUGAAAUGAAGAUUUGCUCUGCCAUCAUCAAUCUGUUCCACCUAAUACCUGCUGCUCCACAGACUUUGGUGAAGCCGUUAUUGGAAGUGGUGAUGAAGACAGAACGAGCCAUGUUAAUUGAGGCUGGAAGUCCAUUCAGAGAGCCCUUAAUAAAGUUUCUGACUCGCCACCCAUCCCAGACUGUUGAGUUAUUCAUGAUGGAAGCUACACUCAAUGACCCUCAGUGGAGCAGAAUGUUUAUGAGCUUUCUGAAACACAAGGAUGCUAAACCACUACGCGAUGUGCUCGCUGCUAACCCAAAUCGCUUUAUUACUCUACUGAUACCUGGUGUGACCCCAUCUGCUGUCCGCCCCGGCUCGCCCAGUCCCAGCACUAGCACGAUGCGUCUAGACCUUCAGUUCCAGGCUAUCAAGAUAAUCAGCAUUAUUGUGAAGAAUGAUGAAAAUUGGCUGGCAAACCAGCAUUCUCUAGUUAGUCACUUAAGACGAGUGUGGGUCAGUGAAGCUUUCCAAGAACGGCAUCGAAAAGAUAAUAUGGUAGCAACCAACUGGAAGGAACCCAAGCUGCUGGCUUAUUGCCUCCUCAAUUACUGCAAGCGGAACUUUGGUGAUAUUGAAUUGCUUUUCCAGUUGCUUCGAGCCUUCACUGGUCGUUUCCUCUGCAACAUGACUUUCUUAAAGGAAUACAUGGAAGAGGAAAUUCCGAAGACCUAUAGCAUUAUGCAGAAGCGAGCUCUUUUCUUCCGCUUUGUAGAAUUUAGCGAUCCCAACUUUGGAGAUGAGUUAAAAGCCAAGGUUCUUCAGCACAUCUUGAAUCCAGCAUUUUUGUACAGUUUUGAGAAAAAUGAAGGUGAACAACUUUUGGGGCCUCCAAACCCUGAAGGAGACAAUCAGGAAAGCAUCACUAGUGUAUUUAUUACCAAGGUUCUGGACCCAGAGAAGCAGACAGAUAUGUUGGAUUCACUCCGUAUCUACCUCUUGCAAUUUGCAACCCUUCUGGUUGAACAUGCCCCACAUCACAUCCAUGACAACAACAAGAAUCGAAACAGCAAGCUACGGCGCCUAAUGACAUUUGCCUGGCCUUGUCUGCUUUCGAAGGCUUGCGUCGACCCAGCUUGUAAAUACAGUGGUCACUUGCUUCUGGCUCACAUUAUUGCGAAGUUUGCAAUCCACAAGAAGAUAGUGCUGCAGGUGUUUCACAGCCUACUGAAAGCUCAUGCAAUGGAAGCUCGAGCCAUAGUCCGGCAAGCAAUGGCCAUCUUAACCCCUGCUGUGCCUGCCCGAAUGGAAGAUGGACACCAAAUGUUGACUCACUGGACUAGAAAAAUCAUUGUAGAGGAAGGACACACUGUUCCCCAACUGGUCCAUAUUUUGCAUUUAAUUGUGCAGCACUUUAAGGUUUAUUACCCAGUAAGGCACAAUCUGGUGCAGCAUAUGGUAAGCGCAAUGCAGCGUCUGGGGUUCACACCAAGUGUUACCAUCGAACAGAGAAAACUGGCUGUGGAUUUGGCAGAAGUGGUCAUCAAAUGGGAAUUGCAGAGGAUUAAAGACCAGCCGGAUUCAGACAUGGAUCCAAAUGGUAGCGGGGAAGGUGGUACCUCUGCCGGUGUGAAAAGAGGGAUUGCUGUGGAUGCCAGCCAAGAAGUGAAGAGAUUUAGAACGACCACGGGAGGGAUUAGCACUGUGUUUGGACGUAGCCAGUCUCUCCCAGGAGCGGAUGCUGUGCUUUCUAAGCCCAUUGAAAAGCAGCACACUGACACUGUGGUGAACUUCCUGAUCAGGAUUGCUUGUCAGGUGAAUGACAACUCGAACACUGCAGGCUCCCCAGGAGAAUUACUCUCUCGGCGCUGUGUGAACCUUCUGAAGACAGCUUUGCGUCCUGACAUGUGGCCCAAAUCGGAGCUGAAACUGCAAUGGUUUGAUAAGCUGCUAAUGACGGUGGAACAACCGGCUCAGGCUAACUUUGCAAACAUAUGCACAGGACUGGAGUUGCUAAGCUUCCUGCUCACCGUGCUCCAGAAUACAGCCGUUCUCAGUAGCUUCAAACCUCUGCAGCGGGGGAUUUCUGCCUGCAUGUCUUGUGGGAACACCAAGGUCCUUCGGGCAGUUCACACUCUGCUGUCUCGACUGAUGAGCAUCUUCCCUACUGAACCUAGUACAUCAAGUGUUGCUUCAAAAUACGAAGAAUUGGAGUGUCUGUAUGCCGCGGUCGGGAAGGUCAUUUAUGAAGGCCUAACUAAUUAUGAAAAAGCUACUAGCAAUAAUCCUUCACAGCUCUUUGGCACUUUAAUGAUCUUGAAGUCAGCCUGUAGCAAUAACCCCAGCUACAUAGACAGACUCAUAUCUGUCUUUAUGCGCUCACUUCAGAAGAUGGUGAGGGAGCAUUUGAAUCCACAGGCGGCCCCAGGAACAGCAGAAGCCAACCCAGCAGGCACAAGUGAACUGAUAAUGCUGAGUUUGGAUUUGGUAAAGACUCGAUUGGCGGUAAUGAGCAUGGAAAUGAGAAAGAACUUCAUUCAAACCAUCCUGACUUCUCUUAUUGAAAAAUCUCCAGAUGCCAAAAUUCUCAGAGCCGUAGUAAAAAUAGUCGAGGAGUGGUUGAAAAAUAACACUCCCAUGGCAGCAAAUCAGACACCCACACUUCGCGAAAAAUCCAUUUUGCUGGUGAAGAUGAUGACCUACAUAGAAAAGCGGUUUCCAGACGACCUUGAAUUAAAUGCACAGUUUCUGGACCUUGUAAAUUAUGUUUACAGGGAUGAGAACCUUUCAGGGAGUGAACUUACCGCAAAGCUAGAACCUGCCUUCCUAUCAGGUCUGCGCUGUGCCCAGCCACUGAUACGGGCUAAGUUUUUUGAAGUGUUUGACACAUCCAUGAAACGCCGUGUUUACGACAGGCUGCUCUAUGUUACAUGUUCACAAAACUGGGAGGCAAUGGGAAACCAUUUCUGGAUCAAACAGUGUAUUGAGCUUCUGCUUGCAGUGUGUGAGCGAAACACUACAAUUGGCACAAGUUGUCCUGGUGCUAUGCUGCCAUGUAUCACUAAUGUCAUUAAUCUGGCUGACAGUCAUGACCGAGCAGCGUUUGCCAUGGUAACCCACGUCAAGCAAGAGCCAAGAGAGCGAGAGAACAGCGAAUCCAAGGAAGAGGAUGUUGAGAUUGAUAUAGAGUUAGCACCAGGAGAUCAGAGCACUAACACGAAAACCAAAGAGCUUUCUGAGAAAGACAUUGGUAACCAGCUCCAUAUGUUGACCAACCGGCAUGAUAAGUUCCUGGAUUCACUUCGAGAAGUCAAGACAGGAGCGCUGCUAAGUGCCUUUGUUCAGUUAUGUCACAUUUCCACUUCACUAGCAGAGAAAGUUUGGAUUCAGCUUUUCCCCAGAUUAUGGAAAAUCCUUUCAGAUAGGCAGCAGCAUGCUUUAGCCGGGGAGAUAAGUCCUUUUCUGUGCAGUGGGAGCCAUCAGGUGCAGCGAGAUUGCCAGCCCAGUGCCUUAAACUGUUUUGUGGAAGCAAUGUCCCAAUGUGUGCCUCCUAUUCCUAUCAGACCCUGUGUUUACAAGUACCUGGGCAAGACGCAUAACCUGUGGUUUCGUUCCACCCUCUUAUUGGAACAUCAGGCUUUUGAGAAAGGCCUAAGUCUUCAGAUAAAACCAAAGCAAACAUCUGAAUUUUAUGAACAGGAAAGCAUAACUCCACCUCAACAAGAGAUCCUAGAUUCAUUAGCUGAGCUGUACUCCCUUCUUCAAGAAGAAGAUAUGUGGGCUGGUUUAUGGCAGAAACGCUGCAAAUUUCCAGAAACUGCGACUGCCAUUGCUUACGAACAGCAUGGCUUUUUUGAACAGGCUCAAGAAACCUAUGAAAAAGCAAUGGAUAAAGCCAAAAAAGAACAUGAAAGAAGCAAUGCAUCUCCUUCUAUUUUCCCUGAAUAUCAGUUGUGGGAAGACCACUGGAUUAGGUGUUCAAAGGAGCUCAACCAGUGGGAAGCAUUAACAGACUAUGGACAAUCUAAAAACCAUAUUAACCCCUAUCUGGCACUUGAAUGCUCUUGGAGGGUCACAAACUGGACAGCAAUGAAGGAAGCCCUUGUACAGGUGGAGCUCAGUUGCCCAAAAGAAAUGGCUUGGAAAGUUAACAUGUAUCGUGGAUAUUUAGCAAUUUGCCACCCAGAGGAGCAGCAGUUGAACUUCAUUGAACGUUUAGUGGAGAUGGCAAGUAGCCUGGCGAUUCGUGAAUGGAGGAGGCUCCCUUACAUUGUGUCUCAUGUUCACACUCCCUUAUUACAGGCAGCACAGCAAAUCAUUGAACUUCAAGAAGCAGCUCAAAUUAAUGCUGGUUUACAACCAACAAAUCUGGGGAGAAACAACAGCCUCCAUGAUAUGAAAACAGUGGUGAAAACAUGGCGGAACAGGCUUCCCAUCGUGUCUGAUGACCUUUCCCACUGGAGCAGUAUAUUUAUGUGGCGACAGCAUCACUACCAAGGUUUGUGUUCUAUUGUAAAUGCGUACGACAGCACACAGCAUGACCCAAGCUCCAAUAAUGCAAUGUUAGGCGUUCACGCCUCCGCCUCUGCUAUUAUUCAAUAUGGCAAAAUUGCCCGUAAGCAAGGGCUGGUGAAUGUUGCUCUGGAUAUACUGAGCCGAAUUCACACCAUACCCACUGUGCCUAUUGUGGAUUGUUUCCAGAAGAUUCGCCAACAAGUCAAAUGCUACCUUCAGCUCGCUGGAGUCAUGGGAAAGAAUGAAUGCAUGCAGGGCUUGGAGGUGAUUGAAUCAACUAACUUGAAAUAUUUCACCAAGGAGAUGACAGCAGAGUUUUACGCACUGAAGGGAAUGUUCCUUGCUCAGAUUAACAAGUCUGAAGAUGCAAAUAAGGCCUUUUCUGCAGCUGUGCAGAUGCAUGAUGUGCUUGUUAAGGCCUGGGCAAUGUGGGGUGACUACCUGGAAAAUAUUUUCGUUAAAGAACGCCAGUUGCAGCUGGGAGUAUCUGCUAUCACCUGCUACCUUCAUGCUUGCCGCCACCAAAAUGAGAGCAAGUCUCGGAAAUAUUUAGCAAAAGUUCUUUGGCUAUUGAGUUUUGAUGAUGACAAAAACACAUUGGCUGACGCUGUGGAUAAAUACUGCAUUGGAGUACCACCGAUCCAGUGGUUAGCUUGGAUUCCACAAUUAUUAACCUGUUUGGUUGGCUCAGAAGGAAAACUGCUUCUAAAUCUCAUUAGUCAGGUUGGGAGAGUGUAUCCACAAGCAGUUUACUUCCCCAUCAGAACUCUGUAUUUGACCCUGAAGAUAGAGCAGCGGGAGCGUUACAAAAGUGACUCUGGACAACACCAGCCAAGUUCAGUAGGCACUCAGUCACAUUCUGCCUCUGAUCCAGGGCCAAUCAGAGCCACAGCACCAAUGUGGAGGUGCAGCCGAAUCAUGCACAUGCAGAGGGAGCUUCAUCCCACUCUCUUAUCAUCCUUAGAAGGCAUCGUAGACCAGAUGGUCUGGUUCAGAGAGAACUGGCAUGAAGAGGUCCUUAGACAGCUGCAACAGGGGCUAGCAAAAUGUUACUCAGUAGCCUUCGAAAAGAGCGGAGCCGUUUCUGAUGCCAAAAUCACCCCCCACACUCUAAACUUUGUGAAGAAAUUGGUUAGCACUUUUGGAGUUGGUCUGGAGAACGUGUCCAAUGUCUCCACAAUGUUCUCCAGUGCCGCCUCCGAGUCACUUGCACGGAGAGCUCAGGCUACUGCACAAGAUCCUGUUUUCCAGAAGCUGAAAAGUCAGUUCACAACCGACUUUGAUUUCAGUGUCCCAGGUUCUAUGAAACUUCAUAAUCUUAUUUCUAAACUAAAGAAGUGGAUCAAAAUCCUGGAAGCUAAAACCAAACAAUUACCCAAGUUUUUUCUUAUAGAAGAAAAAUGCCGUUUUUUGAGCAAUUUCUCAGCUCAGACAGCAGAAGUUGAGAUACCUGGAGAGUUCCUUAUGCCAAAGCCAACACAUUACUACAUCAAAAUUGCAAGAUUUAUGCCUAGAGUGGAGAUAGUACAGAAGCACAAUACUGCCGCCCGAAGACUCUACAUCCGGGGCCAUAAUGGAAAGAUUUAUCCGUACUUAGUGAUGAAUGAUGCGUGUCUGACAGAGUCACGCAGAGAAGAACGAGUCUUACAGCUGCUUCGUCUUUUAAAUCCUUGCUUGGAAAAGAGAAAGGAGACCACGAAAAGGCAUCUCUUCUUUACCGUCCCCCGUGUUGUGGCCGUCUCACCGCAGAUGCGUUUGGUCGAAGACAAUCCCUCGUCGCUCUCUCUGGUAGAGAUCUAUAAGCAGCGCUGCGCCAAGAAAGGCAUUGAGCAUGACAACCCUAUUUCUCGUUACUAUGAUAGACUGGCAACGGUUCAAGCAAGAGGGACUCAAGCCAGUCACCAGGUGCUCCGUGACAUACUGAAGGAAGUACAAAGCAAUAUGGUCCCCCGGAGUAUGCUGAAAGAAUGGGCUUUACACACCUUCCCUAAUGCCACAGACUAUUGGACAUUUCGGAAAAUGUUUACCAUCCAGUUGGCUUUGAUCGGCUUUGCAGAAUUUGUCUUUCAUUUGAACAGACUGAAUCCAGAGAUGCUUCAGAUUGCAGAGGACACCGGCAAACUCAAUGUUGCCUAUUUCCGAUUUGAUAUCAAUGAUGCUACGGGAGAUCUCGACGCAAAUCGUCCUGUUCCAUUUCGACUCACUCCAAACAUUUCAGAGUUCCUCACCACAAUCGGUGUGUCUGGUCCUCUAACCGCUUCCAUGAUCGCUGUUGCUCGUUGCUUUGCACAACCAAACUUCAAGGUGGAUGGAAUUCUGAAAACAGUGUUGCGGGAUGAAAUUAUAGCCUGGCACAAGAAGACUCAGGAGGAUACCUCUUCUCCACUCUCGCCUGCUGGGCAGCCUGAAAAUAUGGAUAGUCAACAGCUGGUUUCUCUAGUUCAAAAAGCAGUUACUGCCAUAGUAACACGAUUGCACAAUCUAGCUCAGUUUGAUGGUGGGGAGAGCAAAGUCAACACUCUUGUGGCUGCAGCAAACAGCUUGGACAACUUGUGCCGCAUGGACCCAGCAUGGCAUCCCUGGUUAUAAGAGGCCUUAAAUUAUUUAAUAACUUUUACUACAAUUUCAGUGCAUAUUCUUCUGGCAGAGGAGGAGUUAACCAUGUCAUGAAUAAUGUUAUGAUAUCAAUACUGGAAUAAGUGUAGCGACUCCUCUUACUGUUGCCCAGAAAGUGCCAUCAGCUUAGAUCCACCUAUCAUCUUCUGCAUUUGGAUUUUGCCUUUUGCCAUUAAGAUGAGCUGCAUAUAGGAGGAUAACAGCUGAGCCUUUAGACUAUUUGUCCUUUUUAAUAGGAAGAUUUCCCAGUGUGAUGGGCAUUUAAAGCUGAACCGUGCAACUCUAAAAGAAAGAAGAAAAAAAAAGCUAUUCAUGUUUACAAAACUUUUUUUCUUUCCAUCGAUGUCAUUAAGUGGUAUAUUUUUUUACAAAAAAAAAAGGAAGAAAGAAAAUAUUGAUUUUUCUCAUGCUGAAACACAUUUCAUUUCAAAGUGUUUAAUAUAAAGAAUGUAACGAAAGAAAGACACCAAAGGGAUGCUGUGCCGACAUAAUGAUUUUUCCUAUUGCUGUUGUGUCCUAGAUUUAUCUAAAUUGGAAAAUCUUACGCAGAAGUUACAUUUUUUAUUAUUAUUAUUUUUUUAACUAUUAUUUAUCUGUUUCCUUUUUUCCUUUUAGACCAUGUGACUCAUAAUACUUUCUGAUAUCAGAAUGGACUGUUAAUUGCUGUGAAAAACUGGAUUUCCUUUUUUUUUUCUUUAAUGUAUAUCUUUUAAGAGAGAUCAGACUGUACAAAAUAACGAUUACUGUGUAGAUAUUCUGUUACAUAAGAUAUUAGUUUACAAUUGUCUUCCUUAUGAAAUUGAAGAGUGUUUCGUAUGUUGAAUGUAUGUUCAUUCUGAAACCACAGUAUAUGGCAAAGAACCAAUAAGCUGUAAAUAUUCAAACAUUUUUUGUAUGAGUUAAAAAACUUUGAUGAACAAAUUCAGUGACAUUUUGUAAUUUUUAAAAAAUGACCUAGCUUUUUUUUUUUUUUUUUUGGGACAUUCUUUGCAAACCGCCGUUUUUAUGAAUAUACAGUAUUAGCAGAUAUCAUUCUUAAAAAAUGAUUGUAAAUUUUGUUUUCAAAAUAAAUAUUUUGGAAAAUGCUUUAAAAAAAGAAACUGCUUUUAAUAUAUGAUGCUAAAAUAAAAUGACUUAAUUUAA